CUCCUCCUUACCACCCACAACAAACCAAAACCAGCCAACACCAUGGUCCAAUCCUGCUGUGGCUCUGCCUCCUCCUGCUGUUGCCAGCCUAGCUGUUGCCAGUCUAGCUGCUGCCAGCCCAGCUGUUGCCAGUCUAGCUGCUGCCAGCCCAACUCCUGCUCCACUAGCUUCUGUGGCUUCCCCAGCUGCUCUACUGGAGGAAACUGUGGUUCUAGCUGCUGCCAAGAGAACUGUGGGACUGGUUGCUGCCAACAGGGAGGCUGUGGGACCAGUUGUGGAACCAACUGUGAGACCACCUGCAGGACCAGGUGUUACCAACCUGAAUGCUGUGGAGGUGAGAGCUGCCGCACCAGGUGGUGCCGCCCAGACUGCAGGGUUGAGGGCACUUGCCUGCCACCCUGCUGCGUGGUCAGCUGCACUCCCCCAUCUUGCUGCCAGCUCCACCAUGCCCAGGCCUCUUGUUGCCGCCCAUCCUACUGUGGCCAGUCUUGUUGCCGUCCAGCCUGCUGUUGCCAUUGUUGUGAACCCACCUGCUGA